GAUCUCUUCUGCUUUUUAUUUAUUUAUUUCCUGUUCUCUGGGUGUAACCGGCGGCAACACCGAUCAGGGACGGAAAAAGGCAAGGUUUUGCGAGGGUGUGUGUGUGUGUGGAGAGCACAAAGAGAGAAUAAUGCAAAGAAAGGUCAGAAGAAAGAGAGACUCGAGAUCUGACCUAUAGUGAUGAGCCUUCAAAUACCUUUUAGAGUGAGGAUUCGUUCGUUGGGUGAUUAUUAUUUGUCUUUUUUCUCGAUGAAAAGCAACGAAAAAUUCAAAGGAGGAACAUGGAAGAGACUGACAGAAGAGAGUGAGCACACGCUGCAAGCAAUUGUAUGAGGGGCAUACCUUUGCGAGUGCGUGCUCACUUCUCUUCUGUCAGCUUGCCAUUCAGGCCGUGUCUUCCUCUUCCUCUUCAUCUUCUUCUUAGUCUUCCCCUUCAUUCUUCUUUGUUAGCCUCUAGCUUCUCUUCCUCUGGGUGUUUCUCUUUCACCCAUAAGUCUCUUUGCAGCAGCUUCCUUUUCUUAUCAUGUUUAUCUGGAUAUUUCUAAUUCAUUCCAGUCCAGAAGCCACUCCCUCCAAUCUGUUCGAGAAAAAAGGGAAAGAAAGGUACAAAAGGCAAAAGAAAAGCCGCACCCAGAAAUGACACAUCACGCUGUAUAUUCCUACUUAUCCAUUCGCUCUCUCUUUCUCUCUCUGUGAUGUAUUACUCCAUUUAAUAUCCUUCUGUAUGCGAAGUUUAUCAGAAGUAUGCACUCCACCAUAUUUAUUUUAGCCAUUUGCUUUCUAGUUUCUACCGCCACUGAUUUGUUGUCAUUUUUUUUUUUUUUACUCAUUCCUUUCCCUAACAUCAAAUAUUUUAUUAUUAUUAUUAGUAUUAUAAUUAGUAUUAUUAUUAUUAUCAUUAUUAGUGUUGUUAAUUCUGAUUGAGCUUCAAGAGCGUGACUUUUGAUGGUACUCUUUAGUAGCGAGGACGACGGAAGUGCGAUCCGAAGGUACGCCAGGUUACUGUUCUUGCUUUAACGGAAACUCAUAUUGUAAAUCACAACAUAUUAAUGCUUCACGUUGCUAGCGUUUCUUCUUCUUCUUCUUCUUCUUCUUCUUCUUCUCGUCUCAGCUGCAGUCGAUCAUGCAAGGCAAGGCGCAUAUUUGGAUGCGGUAAAACCCUUGUAUCUUAAUCGGCCUUUGAUUUUGGGCUAUUGGAUUUCAUCUUCUCCCUGAUUCUCAUCCCCAAACGCAUGCUUCCCAUAAAAACCGCAUAAAUUUGUGUAUGAUUCAUCUGUUUGGUAAUUUUAUUUACUAUCUAAACUCAGCUGUUGACCAUCUUUUUGCCUUGGUCUAAAGAAUUUCAUACCUUUGUCGACCUAGUCGAUUCGUAGAGCCCGGGGUGUCUUUUGGAAGUGGGUCUGAGCUGACGCUGCUAAAUAUGGCAAGAAAUAUUUGUUUACGCUUCGGGGCAGAUAUGCACCUUCCUAGGACCACUAUGAGUAAAGCCUUUGAAGAGGGGAUUUUCCUUUUACGGCUCAUCAUAUUAUUAUUGCUUGGGGUUCGGUGGCAAACUGCGGCUUCUGCCUGUAGGAGGCUAAUCACUCAGAAAAGUAAUGGAUGAGGACAUGUUAAGCCUGAUAUCAAAUGACAGAGUGAAUGCAACGACAGAAGAGUCUAAUUCAAGCAGUGCGACUUAUGCACUUCCUCCAAGAAAGUGUGCAAGACGUGGUAGCAUUGUCUUUACAAAAUUCAAAGGUGUCGUGCCACAGCAAAAUGGGCACUGGGGCGCACAAAUAUAUGCUAAUCACCAAAGGAUUUGGCUGGGGACUUUCAAGUCUGAAAAGGAAGCAGCUAUGGCUUAUGAUAGUGCAGCUAUCAAGCUUCGGAGUUUGGAUUCCCAUAAAAAUUUUCCAUGGACUGACAUCACAGUUGAAGAGCCAAACUUUCAAAAUCUAUACAGUGCCGAAGCAGUCCUCAACAUGAUAAAGGAUGGUUCCUAUCGAUCCAAAUUUGAAGAAUUUCUUAGGACACGUUCACAUGCGGAAACACACGAUGGUUUGAACUUGGCUAGUCUGCAAAGCAGCGGGGGACUAAUGUGUAAGCAACUUUUUCAAAAGGAACUUACACCAAGUGAUGUGAGUAAGUUAAAUAGACUUGUCAUCCCUAGGAAAUAUGCCAUCAAGUACUUCCCACGUACUUCUGAAACUGCUGAAGAUAAUGCAGAGGGGGGCACCAUGGAAGAUAUGCUGCUGACUUUCUAUGACAGAUUGAUGAGGCCAUGGAAGUUUCGCUACUGCUAUUGGAAGAGCAGCCAGAGUUUUGUAUUUACAAGGGGUUGGAAUAGGUUUGUGAAGGAAAACCAUCUAAAGUCCAAGGACACCAUUACUUUCUAUUCGUGCGAUUGCAAAGAAGUAGCAAAAGACAAUGACUCAUUCUACAUGAUUGAUUUUACCCGGGUGGAAAACAGUGGCCCCUUGGUUGAGCAGUCUAGCCAAUAUGUUGGGAUGCAGUUAGAACCAACACUUGAAGUAAACCGUCAAGUUGACCAUUAUGUUAAGGAGAAGAAACUUGAUGAGGUAAAGGAACUGAAGCGACCCAAGGUAACACAUGACAAAAAGACAGGCUUUAGGUUAUUUGGUGUGCUUAUUAUCUGAACCUGAGUAUGGAUUUCGUAGGUUUAUUUUUCCCCUUUGUCUGUGGGAAUUAGGUCAUCACAGAUUUCUAACCAUAUCCCAUAAUAUCUCAAAACGUUUUGCUCGAGGUUUGUUUUGUGGGAAGAUUAGGUUUUAGGGUUAAAAAACUAUUCUUGAGGAGGAUGUCUGAACAGUUCAUCCUAAUAACUAUUUUUGGGCGUUUUCAUUAAUGGACAUUGUACUGAUAUAUCAAACAACUCUUUUGACAGUUAAGAGAGAUUUACAGUAAUAUAUAUAUGUGCCGUUUUGCUCU